UGGCGUCCCCGUCUCGCCGCUCGCCGUACUUUCCGUGUCCUGAUACGCGUAUGAUCUUUUCCUGACGGGAACACUACGCGUGCAGGUGUUUGUACGGCGGCGAGGAGGCAACCAUGGUUUCCCUCCGUCUCGCACCCUUCACCCUCCUCGUGGGGCUUCCGGCGAGCCGGAGGACGCUCAAGCUCGCGCGGUGCAUCGUCCGCCGAGCGAGGAGCAAGUCGUCCGCGGCGGCCAAGGCGGCGGGCGAGGUGUCGGGGCGGGCCAGCAGCGUCGCCGAGGAGCGGCGGAACGUCGACGCCCACCUCCGGCAGGUCGCGCCGGAGAAGGUGUCCGUGGACGAACGCCUGGUGGACUACGAGACGCUCCUCGUCGCGCGGUUGCUGGACAUCCUCCAGGGCCUGCACGGUGGCGAGUUCAGACAAGUGGUCGAGGAGUGCCUGCGGCUCUCCGGCGAGUACCACGGCGACGGCGACCCGGCGCGGCUGGAGGAGCCGGGCGCGCUCCUGACGAGCCUGGACGUGGGCGACGCCAUCAUGGUGGCCAGCUCCUUCUCACACAUGCUCAACCUGGCCAACAUCGCCGAGGAGGUUCAGAUGGCGUACCGCAACAAGGCGGAGACGGGCCGGCGGCGGCGCGGCGGCUUCGCCGACGAGGCCUCCGCCUCCACCGAGUCCGACAUCGACGAGACGCUCCAGCGCCUGGUGGGCGGCCUCGGCAGGACGCCCCGGGAGGUGUUCGAUGCGCUCAGGGGCCAGACCAUCGACAUCGUCCUCACCGCGCACCCCACGCAGUCCGUCAGGCGGUCGCUGCUUCAGAAGCACGCGAGGUUGAUCAAUGACCCAGCACGGGACUGCCCAUGAGCUGAGCAGAGCUUCGCUGCCUUCGCUGCACCUGCACGGGACUACGCGGAGACGCAGAGCCUGCUGCUGCAGGUGGCCGGGCACAAGGACCUGCUGGAGAGCGACCCGUACCUGCGGCAGCGGCUGAUGCUGCGGGACUCGUACAUCACGGCGCUCAACGCGUGCCAGGUGAAAGAGAGCAAUGGCCAACGCAACAACCGUUGUAUUAAUUGAUCUCAGGGCUACACAUACAGGUACAUACAUGCGGGCUUGACCCGGUUCUGGAGCUAGGGAAGCGGAGAUCCUAACGGACUAAGCGAGAACGUGCAGAACGGGAGCGACGCUUAUCCCGUGGUGACCGCGAACGCCUGAAGACGCGGUCAUUCCGCUAGCACCCCGCCGCAGUCGCUGCGUCGCCAACGCAGAGGCUGGACUUGAACUCCUGAAACGCUUGCGACGGCAAGCCCUUAGUCAAUAACAUCAGCAAAUUGUUGUGAGGUUGGAACGUGCAGGACCCGGACGUCACCGAUGGCCACUU